GCUGUUCUUGAGCUCAACAAAACACAAAAAUAUCAUGUUGAAUUGUAGAGGGGCACCCAAUGUAUUGAAAAGUCUCACGCCGUAUUAUCUUCAAUUGAAAAAUCAGGGUACACGCCUUGUAAACAAUGACGGGCCCUUAAGGGCGUGCCACGACAAGACAAUCGAAGGUUCAAUCUACGUUCACUGGCCUUAUUGCGCCAAAAGAUGUUCUUACUGUAACUUCAAUAAGUACAUUCCCAAGUCCUUGGACCAUGUGGACCAUGAACGCAUGAUUAAAGCCCUAAACACUGAAGUCAGAACACUCAUUCAUCUUUCUGGACUGGAGAAAGUGAAAUCCGUGUUUUUUGGCGGAGGGACUCCCAGUUUAAUGAGACCCAAGGACGUCAAAUCUUUUUUGAAUGAGAUAACGCUCUUACUCGAUGUUGACUCGGCUCAAUUUGAAGUCACAUUAGAGGCCAAUCCCAAUGACAUACGGGAAAAAUUGGAACUAUUUCAAGAAUGUGGCGUCAAUCGGGUGUCUCUAGGCGUUCAGGCAUUAGUGGACCAAGAUUUGAAGCAAUUGAAUCGGGAUCACUCCGCCGAGGAAGGCCUUCAUGCCUUGGCCCAGUGCUUGCAAGCCCUACCCAAUUCCACUUCUUGUGAUUUAAUUUUUGGUCGGCCUCUUCAAACACUUCAGUCUUGGAUUCUCGAGCUUGAGACAAUUCUUCAAUACGGCUUGAAACACAUUUCUCUUUACCAAUUAACCGUUGAACGAGGAACUCCACUCUGGAAAGACAUAAACAACGGAGUGAUAUCCAUACCGAAUGAUGACUCUAUGGCCGACCUGUACGACGAAGCAAUCCGGAUAAUGGCACAAGCCGGUCUGGAGCGCUAUGAGAUCUCCAAUUUUGCCGUACCCGGAUAUGAGAGUAUCCAUAACUCCUUGUACUGGUCAGGGGGUGAAUAUUUAGGAAUUGGGCCGGGAGCUCAUGGCCGUUUUCGCAUCCGAAAUCACGACAAUGAAGCCAGAUCGGUCAGAGCUUGCGAUCAAAUGGCUGGAAUCGUGUCCAAUGUUGCUGCCCAGUCUAGUAGAGGAGGGGAACUACAAGCCAGAGUUCAAACUCUAGAACCAGAACCUUGGAUGAGAGAAGUGGAGGUGUUAAGUCAUGGGACGAGGAAAAUUCAGCGUGUUUCGGAUGAGGAUCAACGAGCCAUGGUUUUGACUACAACUUUGAGAACUAGAUCCGGCUUGACUUGUGAAGUUGCAAACCAAAUUCAACUGGCCUUGGAUGACAUUUGGAACCAACCGAGUUGUGUUGAUCUUUAUGAAUUGGGAUUGAUAUCCCGCGAUGAUCUCGGCAUCAAGCUUACGAGCAAAGGUCUAUCAUUAGCUGAUAGUGUUUUACCAAUCAUUUUGAACGCAUUGGAGCCCUAAAGAAAUCAUCCGAGGCUCAUUUUCUUUUCAUUCAUUCAUUGCUAUGUCAUCAAACAUAUCCACAAGAGAAAUCAGCGCUUCGUUUUAAAACCCU